CUCUCUCUCUCUCUCUCUCUCUCUCGCAGGAGCAGGGAAUAGAGAGAACAGGGGAAAGAAGUGAAAACGCCGGCAGAGGAGGUAAAGAGAUCGAAAGAGAAGUGCCAAAUAUAAUACUCGGAGAGAGAGAGAGAGAGAGAGAGAGAGAGAUGUGUUUAUAGAGAGGAGCAGGGAGAAAGGUGGUCGGCAUCUUGUAUGAGUUUCAUCUUUCCUCCUUUGAGGUUUGGAAUUUUGAAAUGAAUAGAUACCGGGGGGAUCCUUUUCUUCGUCUAUGGAGCAAUCCUUUUUGUCUUUGGCGUUUGUUGCUUUAGUGUUUUGAACUCUGAGCUUGUUGUUGUGUUUGUUGUGAAAGAGGGGGAGAAGGAGAGAUGAAGGGAGAGGAGCAGGGGAGGGCUCUGUUUGGGAUAUCACUGACAGAAAGGCCAAAGUGGCAGCAGUUCCUCAUAUGCUCCUCUGGGUUUUUCUUUGGCUACUUGGUCAAUGGCAUUUGUGAGGAAUAUGUCUACAACCGUUUGCAAUUCAGCUAUGGAUGGUACUUCACCUUUGUGCAGGGGUUUGUCUACUUGGGACUCAUACGCCUGCAGGGCUUUACCAUGAAGCAGAUGGUGAACCCAUGGAAGACCUAUAUCAAGCUGUCGGCGGUUCUCAUGGGAUCGCAUGGCCUCACAAAAGGGUCCCUUGCCUUCUUGAACUACCCGGCUCAGCUGAUGUUCAAAUCAACGAAGGUACUACCAGUGAUGAUAAUGGGGGCCUUCAUUCCUGGUCUUCGGCGUAAAUAUCCAGUGCAUGAAUACAUUUCUGCAGUGCUUCUUGUCCUGGGACUCAUCAUCUUCACCUUGGCUGAUGCCCAAACAUCACCCAACUUUAGCGUCAUUGGCGUGGUGAUGGUAUCUGGUGCUCUUGUUAUGGACUCCUUUCUUGGUAAUCUCCAGGAGGCUAUCUUUACCAUGAAUCCUGAAACCACCCAGAUGGAAAUGCUCUUCUGCUCUACAGUUGUUGGCCUACCUUUCUUGAUCCCACCCAUGCUUUUAACUGGGGAGCUAUUCAAAGCCUGGAAUUCUUGCUACCAGCAUCUAUAUGUCUAUGCUGUGCUGGUGUUCGAAGCAAUGGCCACCUUUGUCGGUCAGAUCUCUGUGCUCUCCCUCAUUGCAAUUUUUGGGGCAGCAACUACUGCAAUGGUAACUACAGCGAGGAAGGCAGUCACACUACUGCUAUCUUAUCUGAUAUUCACAAAGCCAUUGACGGGGCAGCACAGCACCGGACUUUUACUGAUCUCCAUGGGGAUCAUCUUGAAACUUCUUCCAGAAUACAAAGACCCUAUUCCUCCUAAAUUCAAACAGCAGCAGCAGCAGCAGCAAGGAUCUCGAGAACAAGAAGAAGAAAAGAGGCCCUUGGUUUGAAGUUGUAUAGAUACUUGCUUUGUGAUCUUGUUCUCUGGUUCAUUUUAGGAGUGUAAUUUCCAGGGGUGUUUGUUUUAUUGUUUAUUGUUUUAUUUUUUUCCCUCCUUUCUUCUAUAUGGUUUUUGAGUUUCCAUUAAUUUAGAUCUUUACGACCAAUUAACAAAUGAGGAAAAUUGUAUAUUUUCCGCAGUCGGAGAACUGGCGUCUCCCGAAUGCUACUAGAGAUGCAGCAAUGCUUAACCUA